AUGGCAAAAUUGUCAGCGCAGCUUGAAUCCCUGCAAAGAGAGGACACAAGCGUAAGCAUCAAGCUUCAAAAUGCCGAUCUGGAGGCCGAAGCAAUAAACAAAGAGAUUGAGAACUUGAAGAUGCAGCUAUCUGAAGAAAGUGACUGCUUCCUACCUACUAAAAAGAUAAACAUAUCUCCAGCUUCUGAGAGGGAUGUGAAUAACUGAAAGGAAUCCAACCCAAAGAGCACUUUAUGGCAGUGCAGUGUAGAGCCGCUUUUACCUCUGUAACAGUAUCAUGGUUUUGUACUGAGAAGUGUGACUGCUUCUUUGAGUAAUGCCUUCUGUGCCAUGUGGAGCUCUCCAACAGAUACUUGAAUAGUGCUAGUGCUUCAUGUAUUGUUUUCUAUAUUCAUCUUCAUUUCUACUUCUUGAUGUACUAAGCAUUGGGAAGAACUCGAUAUUCAAACUUCUGUCUCUGUUUUGAGUAUUUGUUCUGUUACCCUCUUGCAUCCAAAGUGAUAAAUGAAAAUGAAUA